AAAAUUAACUUCUUUAGUUAACAUAUUAUAAUAUCCACUUAGGGUUAAAAGAUUUGGAGAAUUAUGUGUCUUUUACUUGGUCCAACAAGUUCAGGGAAAACCUUACUAACGAAGAAACUGAAGUCGAAUUAUGAUUUAAAACAUGGCAUGGCUAAUAUACCAUCAACAUUGCCAACAAUUGGAACAAACCUUGUUAAUAUAUCACUGAACAAGAAACAAGAAAUAACUGUCAGAGAACUUGGAGGGCCAAUGUCUCCAUUAUGGCCAAAUUAUCUAAAAGACUGCAAUAUUCUGAUUUAUGUGAUUGACAUGUCAAAUCGUCUACAAUUAUCUGCUGCCUGUAUGUUGUUCCUGACAGUCCUUACAAAUCCAAACUUAAAAGACGACUGUCCAGUGUUGGUGCUUCUUAACAAGAUAGAUUUAGCUACUUCAAUGAGCAGACUUGAGUUUGAAUCACUGUUCCGAUGGAAUGAUAUAGUACGACACAGUAAACACAAGAUAUCCAUAAAGGAAAUAAGUGCAGUGACAGGCCAGGGACUGUCGGGGGUUUUGGAAUGGAUGCAGCAACAUAGCAGAUGAUGCUUGUAAAAACUUAGUGAUAUUUUUGUGAUAACGUUGCCAGCCAGUAUGCUGUGUUGUGAUAAUAACAUUAAACUGCAGUCUAUGACUGUACAACUGCUCCAGUGGUGUGUAAUUUACCUGUGUUGGUCUGUUGUUUUUUUUUUUGUUUCUUUUUUUUUUUUUUUGGUUACUUUUGAAUGAUUUUUAUGAUAUGACUUUUGUGGACACUACACUGUUAGAAAUUAGCUUUCAUGGCUGCUCGUUGACCUUUUCAUUAAAAAAAUUAUUUUUGAUGGGUGGGGAUCACUUUUGCUGAAAUGGGAAAUAAGGAUGGGAGGUGGAAUUUUUAAUGCUGUUAAUUGUAUGUACCAGUAUUUACUUCCUGUGUUUUCCUAGACUGUCAAAAAUUAACAUACAUGUAUAUGUGUAAAGUAUAUAUUUAUGAAUUUUAGAAACAAGAAAUGUUAUUAUAUAAUGUUGUUGCAUAAAUGUAACUCAAAUGUUGAUAUUUAUUGUGUGUGUGUGUGUAUAUAUAUAUGUAACUCAGAUGAUGAGAUUUAUUGAGCAUAUAUAUUUAACCUUAAUAGGCUACAGUGUAUGUUUUCUCUUCUAAUAUGUGUGAUAUAGUAUGUUAUUGUUUUAUAUCAUAUGGCAUAAUAUGGCAUUGUGUCUGAUAGUCGCUGUGAUAUAAUAUGUUGUAGUAUCUGAUAGUCUGUGUGAUAUAAUAAUAUGUCAGUGUGUCUGUUAGUCUGUGUGAUAUAAUAUGUCAUUGUAUUUGAUAGUCUGUAUGAUAUAAUAUGUCACUGUGUCUGAUAGUAUGAGUGAUAAAAAAUGUCAUUGUGUUUGAUAGUCUGUAUGAUAUAAUAUGUCAUUUUUCUGAUAGUCUGUAUGAUAUAAUAUGUCACUGUGUCUGAUAGUAUGAGUGAUAUAAAAUGUCAUUGUGUUUGAUAGUCUGUAUGAUGUAAUAUGUCAUUGUGUCUGAUAGUAUGAGUGAUAUAAUAUGUCACUGUGUUUGAUAGUCUGUGUGAUAUGAUAUGUCAUUGUGUUUGAUAGUCUGUGUGAUAUGAUAUGUCAUUGUGUUUGAUAAUUUGUGUGAUAUGAUAUGUCAUUUUGUCUGAUAGUCUGUGUGAAAUAUUAUGUCAUUGUGUCUGAAAGUCUGUGUGAUAUAAUAUACAGUUAUGGACUUCGGUGUAGAUCGAUAUGUGGUUAUAAGGACCCAUGUCAAGUGAUGUUGACCGAAGACACAGAAAGUGAUAGCCACUGAGAUU